GGCUAAGCAACUCUAUUAGCGAUAUGGAGAAUGUUAAAUCGAUUGAAACAGUCCAGCAUUUACUUGAAAUAUUAGAAGCUGGUAUUGUCGAUUGAGAUGGGAAAAUAAUCGAGGAUUACGAAGGGAACAGAUAUGAAAUCAACAUAGGACAAAAUGAAGAUGACGAUCAAUAUUUCGAAUCACGACUCUCUAGUUACCCCAAAGGAAUGUCUUUGUUGUCUAUGAAAUAAGGCAGUCUCAGUUCGAUCAGACCCAAAAAAGAAACUUUUAGAACUAGAAAAUAGAAAUCCUUUUGUAGAAGGAUUCAUUACUCACCAAAACAGUUUUAACUAUUCAAACAGAGUUGACCUUGUGUUUGCCUUUGCCUCCCCACUCACAAUUCAGAUUGGGCUCAAAGAUAAGGAGAAUGAGCUCGCUAUUCUGAAUCACUCUGAAGAGUUCAAAGUUAUUGAUAAUUCGUUAAGGAAUUUAAUCAGCAACCUCAACUAUAAGAAAAUUUUGGCGACAAUCCAAAACUUGAGGGAUGUUUGAUCUACCAAACCUAUGAUACUUCAUUUCUCAGGUCAUGGUCUAGUCAAAGGUGAAAUGAAUGCUCCUCAAGAUUCUUUGGUCGUGGAAAAAGAGUGUUUAAAAGGGGAACUUUUGACAGAGUCAAAAAUAUCUGAAAUCUUCCAUACAAAAUCUACAAAAAGAAGUAUGUCGAAGGCAAUGCAGUUGGUAGUAGUUCUAUCCUGCCACUCAGAAAAAGUAGGUAAAAUAUUCAGAAAUGCAGGAGUGAACCAUGUCAUCUGUAUCAAAAGAGAAUGAGAAGUCCUUGACAAUGCCUGACUGACAUUCACAAGAACCUUUUAUAAGUACCUGCUCACUGGGAAUUGGAAUAAAAUUUGAGAAGCUUUUGAAGCAGGGAAAAGAGCAGUUUCGGAUAAAUUUAAAUCUGAGGCAUACAAAUUCCUCUGCCUGUGCAACCACGGCAAGAAGAAAUGAGAUGUUGGUUUUUCCUUCAUUGACGGAGAGACUAAUAACCUCAGCAAUGCUAUUAAGAUAAAAGCUCUUCCUGAUAAGAACAAGAAUAUUUUUGGAAGGACCAAAGAUAUGGUCAAGAUUAUGGAUAAUAUUCAGUCUAAACAUGUCUGGCUUACAGGAGAGUACGGAAUUGGAAAAUCAGCUAUUGUUAAGGAACUCUGCCAUCUUGUCUAUGACAGAGACCUUUUCAAGCAAGGGGUUUUGUAUAUUCCACUUAAGAAUGUCCAAGACUUUGAGAGUCUAGUUGACAAAUUAUUUCGGACAAUGAUGUAUUCAUUCGUGAAUGAGGAAGACAAGAAGUUUCUUGAAUCAAAAAUGAAUGAUGAAGUUUCUCACAUGUACCACUCUUGCUUUUCUUGAAUUAAAAACUACGAAAUAUUGAUAAUUCUGGAUAAUUGUGAUGAUUACAUGAGGCAUAAUGAGAACAAUUUCCGAAGAUUAGUGAAGGAUAUUACUCAAAAGGUGCAAAACACAAAGAUAUUACUGACAUCUCAGAAAGUUAUCAACAUCGAGACAGAAAUAAACAUCCUUGCAUACCCCAUCAUCGGGCUUGAGGAUAAGGAUAUGCAUAAAUUGAUCAUUCCUCCAAAUAAGUCGAAGAAUCAGAUAAACAAGGAGUUUAUUGAUAUGUGCAAGGAAACUUUGAAAAUAGAUAAUCCAGAUCUUGAUGACGUGUAUAAACAUGAGUUCUUCAAGAUGCUCAAUGGUAACCCGCUGUGAGGUCUUCUAGUCUCCUCGAACGCACAUAGCAUGUCAAUGUUGGAUAUUUACAAGAAGAUUAGUGAAAUUCAAUCAAGAUCAGGAAGAAAAGGAAACUCAAAUAUUUCAAUGAUGCUAGCUAUUCAGAUGUCACUGGAGUAUCUAGAGUCUGAAAGCCCAGAAAUAAUUCAGGUCUUGCGCCAUCUAUCACUUUGUCCUAGUGGGCUAAGUGAUCAUCACAUUAAAGCUAUCUGUAAAGACUGGAGUAGAUGGGUCGAUUUGUUGAAAGAUAGAUCACUUAUAACAGAAAAAGAAGUAUUCAAUGAGGAUUACAGAACUAAGACUAGAAAGAUCUUUAGAAGAUCCUCAUACGAAGGAGAAUCAACAACGAAACUGUAUUGUAUAGAUCCUUCUCUUGCUAAGUUUAUUGAGGAUUCUAUCGCUCCUUCUAAGAAACUUGAUUAUGAUGAAAAAGUAGCAGGUUUCAUGGUAAAUACUCUUAAGGAACUUUUAAGUGCAAGCGAAGAGAAAUUAGGUUUAAUAGAGCUUUACGAGCAAAACUUGUGGAUAGCUCUUUCCAGGCUUGAAGCAAGGAAGAUAGCCACAACUGGAGGAUCAUUUAUAAAUACCACUUUGGAUGGGGGCUUCACUCUCCAAUCAAAUCAUUUCAUGAAAGAAAGAAACAACAAAAACAUGAAUAUCAUAAGGAACCAAACCUUGCUUGGGAAGCCAACUUUUAGCUACAAAAAGAAGGCUAAUUCCUUUCAAACAAUAGUUAAGCCUUCCGAAAAGAAGGAUGUGUUUGACCUUUGCUUUACUGGUGGAUAUGGAAAGAAACAGGAGCCAAAAUUAGAAUCAAUCCACGAUCUUCUUGACGUCAAGGAAGAGCAACCUGAACUAACUUUGCUCAAUAAGGAUGCCCCAGACAGGCUCUCUCUACAAGGAGAAAAGAAACGUAGCAAACCUGUAAGAAUGAACAUGAUCUCAGGUUACCAAAAUCCUGGUGGCAAUAUGGAAUCCAUCGAUGAACUUGAGGAAGGAAAUAUGUCUUCAGCAACAAACCUUGGGUUCUUCGAAAAUCCAACUUUUAGUGAGAAGGGAGAAUCCUCUAGUUCUAAAAUUUUCCAUAAGAAGAAUAACUCCAAAGGAAGUGAUUUCAUUAAUGAACUAUUAAGGCUAGACCCAAUUCAGGACAUUGAAGAGACAGAGUCGGUUUCUGAUGCUAAAAGUUUCCUUUUUGACUUCAAAGGGAAAGCCAAUAAUGCUUCAAGCGAGAAAACUGAAAGUGAGAUUUUAGAAGAGAGCGAUGACCUGGACAGAGCAGAAUCAUCCUCUGAAGACGAAGAUUUAAAUGACUCGGAUGACCUGGAUAGACAAAGUAUCAGUGAAAAGAAACAAAGUGACAAGGAGAGCAAAUCCACAAGCAAAGAGGAAGAAAAGCAAAGUGAUUCCAAAUCAAUAGAUUUUCGCUCUGAAGAUACUUGAGAUCUUUUAAAGGCUAAAGAUCAAUUAAGUAUAAAGAAUAAAGCUCCAACCCAUAAUAUGAGAACUAUUGAUUUGGGGAGUUUUAACCCUGUUAUCAAGAUUGAGCCUUUAGACCAAGAUCUCAGUAAGCAAGCUGAAAUCGAAGAAAUUAUGCCAAUUAAGAAAAUUCAGAGCAGACAGGAAGCUCCUUCUGAAAAGAAUCAAUUAGAGAAAGAAGGAAUAAAUGUGGACGGAUUCCAAGCUUAUAUUAAUUUGGAUUUUGAAAAAUCUGCAACAAGAAAUUUAAAGUCAUUGUCAAGCUCUAAUUUAACAACUAGUUUUAAGACUGGCCAACAGAGUGAAAACAUCCAUACUAUAAAGGUUUACGAUCAGAUGGUGAUUCUCUUUGCAACUCUUUUACUCAAACUCAACAGAUUGAAGGAUUGCUUCACAGUACUCAAUACGUAUGGAAGGAAAUGUCUUCAAGAUGAUAAGCUUACUAGGGCGAACAUGUAUAAAAUUCUAACAAUGGCAACACUCGACACAAAGACUGAGGGAUAUACAGCUAAGGCCCUGAAACACUGUGAGAAAGCUAUUGAGAAAUUUACAUUGCUCAAUUCAAAAGAAGGUCUCUCUUCUUGUCUUCUUUUAAAACUCCAUAUCUUACAAAUUAUUAAAUACGCUGAAGACCCUCUGGACUCAGACUCUGAUGACGUGGAGGCAUGUGAUAAUGAAGGGGGAGAUGUACAUAGCAAGAAUUCUCGGAUUAAUAGCAUCUUCGAACAAUUUUACUUAGAAAUCAGACAAUGUAGAAAUAGCCUCUUCUCAAGAAAAAUUGAUCAAAUAAUUACUUAUAUUCAAAAAUUCCAAAAGAAUGAAGAAGUGCUCGAUUUUACAAAGAAUGAUACUAUUUUAAAAUUCUUAUUUCGGCCAGUUCUCUCUUCAACAAUCCAGAAGGUUGAUGAAACCCCUUGUAGAUCAGUAAGAAAGAACAUAGAUCCCUCUACAGAGUUAUUUACUACUCAGGUUGAAAAAUGGAUGGAAGAUUAUGACUUCAACAUCAAACGCCUUCAAGACAAAAUACCUCAAACAGACUCUUUUGCUGAGAAAGCAAUGCUAAAGCAAAACUUUUGGAAUAAGCCUGAUAAGAAAUUCAAGCUUACUAAAACUUUGAUAGACUUUCUAGAAAAGAGAGUCUUCACUUCCAUUAGUGAUAUGGACAGCAUGAUCUGUGAGGUUAGGGAAUGAGACUCCCAGAGCUCAAGAGAAUCUCCGACCUCUCAUGAUUUCUCGUGCUCUGCUGACAUAAAGCAGUCUAAUAUUUCUUGAGAAGUUCAGGUGCAACCUGAAUAUAGGGAAGCAUCGGCUAAUACUUUCAUUACUCAGAAAGCUGAAGUUGGUACUGAUACAAGCAUCAUGAUGCAGAACCAGUCUACUGAAACUGAUCAUAAAGCAAUCUUUGAAGACAUUUCCAACCAAAAAUUUACACUUGGAAAAAACUAUAAGAAAAUGGAAGGGAAAUUACAUAAAAACUGACAGGAAAAGGGACUGAAUAUCAAGAAUUUUAAGGAUAUACGAGUCUCUGAAGACACUCCUUGGAGAGUUGAUACUGACCUACCUUCUUCUACAUAUUCCUCUUGAACAAUUGACUAUUCAGCAAGUUAUUCUAAAUCAAGUUAUCAGAAACCCUCUAAUAUUUUUAAUGAGUACACAGCAACUUAUACCAACAAUAAAAGCAGAUGCAAGAAUUAUACCAAAAAACCUGCUAAAUUUGGGAAAAGUGCUUCUAAAGGAGUUUCAAAAUGGUACUCAAAGACAGUGACCUCACCCCUCAGAAGGAAGAGUUUAGAAUCUAAGCGUAACCAACCUUCAGACACCCUAGUCAGGUUUCAACCAGGGAUGAACAUGAGUAUUCGGAGCCCAAGUGAGUAUUACCGAAGUAGGUAUUCCUAGAUCAUCAUUACUUUGUAAAUAAUUGGUCAAUUGC